AAUACAGACCAUCAGGUAUCAGGUAAUGGGCCUUGUUAAUAAAGUAGUGGGUUAUAAUGGGCUUUACGGUUGUUUCAAGAAGUGGAAGCCCUACAAGGCGGGAAAAUCAGAAGAGGCGCGUCUGCUUCCGUCUUCUUCUUCGUCUUCUCCGGAGAGGUUUUGUGGUGUUAUCGGCGGAAUCCGACCCGAAAAUGCCAAAUUACAGCAUCAGAGGAAUCAAUGUUGAAUUCCCAUUCGAGGCGUACCAGUCUCAGAUCAUAUACAUGGACAGAGUCAUCGAGUCUCUUCAAAACAAAUGUCAUGCGCUUUUGGAGAGUCCUACGGGAACUGGGAAAACUCUUUGUCUUCUCUGUGCCACCUUAGCCUGGCGAAAGAGUCUGGGCUCUUUCUCAACCCGUAAGGAUCGGAAGAACAGUGCCAUUCCUUGGUCCGAUUCAGACGAGCCUCUGUCACAAUCCGGAGGAGGAGGAGGAGGAGCUUUUCCCACCAUAGUUUAUGCGUCCCGGACUCAUAGUCAGCUCCGCCAAGUGAUCAAAGAAUUAAAAAGAAGUAGCUACAGGCCUAAGAUGGUGGUGCUUGGAUCACGGGAGCAGUUAUGCGUUAAUGAGGAAGUCAACUCCCUCCGUGGCAAAGCACUCACUAAUGCCUGUCAGUACCUUUGCAAAAAGCGCGGUAAACGCCAAUGCAACCAUUUCAAUCGCCUUCCAGAUUAUUUGAAGCAUAACCCUCAUAUUGGCGACGAACCUGUUGACAUUGAGGAUUUGGUCAAUAUUGGAAAAGAUUCUGGACCAUGCCCUUAUUAUAUCACAAGAGAGCUUCACAAGGACGUGGACAUCAUAUUUGCACCUUACAACUACUUGAUCAGCAAUGGGUAUAGAAAGUUUUUGAAAGUCAACUGGACUAAUAGUGUCCUUAUUUUUGAUGAAGCGCACAAUCUGGAAAGUUUAUGCGCAGACUCUGCUUCAUUUGACCUUCCUUCUGUUCUUUUAUCGGCUUGCAUUUCUGAAGCGCAAGAAUGUGUACAACUUGCGGCAGCAAGAAGGGAUUCAUUAAAUGACGUUUCCAUAAACCCUGAGAAUUUUGCUAUACUUAAAGGACUGCUUCUUAAGCUGCAGGAACUGAUUUCUAAAGUGCCAAUUCCCAAAAGGGACGAGGGAUUUACCAAGCCUGGGCCUUACAUAUAUGAAAUGCUUAAAAGCCUUAACAUCACUCACGAAACUGCUCCUAAACUCAUUGGUACAGUUGAGGAGGCUGCAGUGUUCCUGGAGGAGGAAAAACAACGAACAGCGACCAACGCUGGAAGCAAACUAGAAAUCAUUGCUGACAUGCUUAAGCUGAUCUUUAGAGAAAAUGGAAGUAACCAUGCAGAUGUUUAUCGUGUUCAUGUACAGGAGCUGGAGCAAAAUUCUACUGAUGUGAUGAAAGGCAAGGUAUCAAGAACGCUUAGCUGGUGGUGCUUCAGUCCUGGGAUUACCAUGCUGGACAUAGCACAAAAAGGUGUUGGGUCUAUCAUUUUAACAUCAGGGACCUUGUCUCCCAUGGAUUCAUUGGCUCAAGAACUAAAACUGGACUUUCCCAUUCGGUUGGAGAAUCCCCAUGUUAUAUCCUCAAAUCAGCUAUGGGCUGGAGUUGUAAGUACUGGUCCAUCAGGGUACGUUCUUAAUUCUAGCUACCGCAAUCGUGAUGUCCCAGAGUACAAACAAGAACUUGGGAAUGCCAUAGUUAACUUUUCUCGAGUCGUGCCUGAAGGACUGCUGAUAUUUUUCCCUUCCUAUUACCUUAUGGACUCUUGCAUUACAUUUUGGAAAAAUGGGUGUUACAGAAACUCAAUGACAGUAUGGGAAAGAAUUUGCAAGCUCAAGAAACCUGUCAUUGAACCCAAGGAUUCCUCCCUCUUUCCUGCAGCAAUGCGGGACUUUUCAGAAAAAUUGCAAGACAGAGCAACUUCGGGUGUGGUGUUUUUUGCCGUUUGUCGCGGUAAGGUCAGCGAAGGACUGGAUUUUGCUGACGGUGCUGGCAGAGCUGUCGUCAUUACUGGGUUACCUUAUGCCAGGGUGACAGAUCCUAGGGUUAAAUUGAAACGAGAGUUUCUGGAUGAACAAUCACAACUUGCAGAUGUUAAGCUUCCAAGAUCAACCCUACUAUCUGGAAGCAUGUGGUACAGUCAAGAAGCCGCACGGGCUGUGAAUCAAGCAAUUGGACGUGUAAUCCGCCAUCGUCAUGAUUAUGGAGCUAUCAUCUUUUGUGAUGACAGAUUUGAACAACCAUCCCAGCAAUCCAAGAUAUCACUUUGGAUACGACCUAACGUCAAGUGCUACUCUAGAUAUGGAGAGGUUAUUUCUGACCUUGCUCGAUUUUUCCGGACUGAAAGAUCAAAUUUUCCUGCAAGGCUUGUAACAGAACAAGAGAACAAUAUAGGUAAUGCAUCUUGCAGCCAAAAGAUAACUUUAAUUGGACGUUACCAUAUCUUAGUCUGCCUGCCCUAUUAUCUCCCAUCCUGUUUUUUUCCUUGUGAUAAUCUAUGGGUUGCGUUUGGGUGUCGGGGAAUGAUAUAAUUGCUUAUCUUGUAUCCACAAGAUUUUUGCUUAAUAGGUUGGAACAAAACCAAAAAAAGAGUAAAUGAAUAGUAGUAAGCAUAUAUGCAAUAGUUUUUCAUAGCAAAAUGCUCGUAUUCUUCAAGCCCUAUUUUCAAUUAUAUGUUGGACAUCCACUGGUAAGCCAAAUCUUUUUUCGAUACAGUUUCAACAUUGUUACCAGUGGAAUCAAUCGAGGAUAAUCCUACACCAGCCUUUGGUCAGUGAUUCAUUUUUUCCUUUAUUCUCAGGUCUGAGGAAAGAUGUUUUCCCUUUAGUACAUGGUUAGAAUAUGGAUCUAACUUCAACUCUCUAUGUUGUGAUUUUGCUUUGGUUAUUGAUCAUUUGCAGGUAAUAGUAAUUUGAAAAACGUUGGGGUUGCACAAAAUGAGUUGAGUAGACUGGAAGCGUUUCCUCCUGCAAAUCGGGCUUCACCCUUGGAGCGUGACGGAAAUAAUGUUAAACGGAAUGGUUUGACCAUUCUUAAACAUACAGGCAAGAUACCUCGCAUUGUAAAGGGAGAUGUUAUGCAGGGUUGUUCUUCACGGAAGGCUAAGUUGGUGGAACUAAGUGAUGAUGAGGAGACUCCGGUAGAGAGGAGAUGUGAAGUAGUGGAUCUAGAAAGCGACAACUGUGAGACGCAGACCUGUGUAACUGAAGUGCUUGCAUCAAGCACAUGUUUGAACACAAUGGGACUAAAAAAAAAGCGAAAGGUUCCAGAGAGUCAGGGAAGUGCAUCGUCGUCAGUGUUGACAGCGAAAGGGAAUGGAGGUGGUGAUAAAAAGGAAGCAAGUGCAUCUGCGUUUUUGAGUCAAGUCAAAGAGAAACUCAACACAGAAGAAUAUAAGAAGUUCAUUGGAUACAUGCAAGCAUUGAAGAAGAAGGAGAUUAAGUUAGCAAACGUGAUGCAGUCCAUUGUGCAACUGUUCUGUGGAAGUGAGAGGGAUCAUCUUCUAAUGGGAUUCAAAGACUUUGUGCCAGUAAAGUAUCGUCCUGCCUACGAGGAAUGCAUUAAAACGAGAAAAAGACAAUCGAUCAUCUUUGGUAACUCAAAUUAACAUUGUUACUCGCUCUUCAUUCUUUUUGUAAGUAACAACAAGUCAACAACAGCCUUAAGGCUGCUGAGAAGAAAGGAAGGAAAGUAAAACUUUUUUGUGACAAAAAGAAAACGAAAUUGCAUGAGAGUUAGUUGUCACUCAUGAUCAUCCUCUUCCUAAGCCUGUCCCUGGCGGCACGAGUACUGAGCGACCUCACAUGACCUUUCCUGGUGAUUCUCUUCUCCUUCUCACGAAGAGCAAUGAUGAGAUCGACGAAAGCGCUUAGUAUGAACUUGUGUGACUUCUUGUCGUUGAGAUCCAGAUAGCAGAAGAGUAGCUCUUCCAUCAAGUCCCAAUCCACUUCGCUUUCCCGCAUCCCUAACUUGGACUCCAUCAUCUCCACCAUGGACUGCCUGAAAUCCUCUUGCGGCUCAUCCGUGUAUCUUAACACCGCGAUGCAGUUCUCCGGCAGCACCAAGGUGGAUCUCGAUUGCCUCUCCGACGAUGUUGACGUUGUUUCCAUGCUAGGCCUGCCCUCCGAAGAUCCAGGCGGAGGAGAUAGCCUCUCUGUUCUCAGCAAAUCCGGGGGCUGUUUCGGGGAGUCGUAGACGGCAUGUCCCCAUGUCCUCUCGAAUCUGUGACGAUAGUCGUCGUCAUCAUCAUCAUCAUCACUGUCGUCUGAUGAUGACUCCCUUUUCUCCUUGUUUUUGGUCACCCGGGCUUGAUGCUGAUCAUCCUCCUGGUCGUCUCUGAUGCAGAGGGAUUUGAAGUUUUCCUCAAGAAAACGAUCAAUGUCGGACAAGGUGGCGGCGUGAGCAGAGUCCUGGUGGUAAACGGGUUCUUCUUUGCUGAAUCUGGUCUUGCUGCUGCGUCGUCUGUGCUUGAAGGAGAAGGAGAGCUUCUUGGGAUGCUUACCAAGCACCCAAUUCUUUGAGGAUGAGAAUGAAUGUGAGGAAGACAGUUGCAGCUUCCCUGUCUCUUUUUUGAUCUUUGACAGGUAACCAUGCAGCGAUUUCUGCAAUGGGUUUGGCAUGUCCUCUCAGACUUUUGCUCUCCAAACAACUCUACUGCAUGAAAACAAACUCAGAAUUCUUUAAUUUUAAACCAAUUCUUGGAGAUUUGAUGCUAUUAAGAGGGAACAGGGGUUCAUUGGUCAAAUCUGAAACUGUUCAACGCUACGUUGUUGGUAAUCUCAUUAAUUAAUAGGCAAGUUUUUUUCUUAGAUUUGUUUCUG